CUCUCUCUGCGACUUCUCCUUUCUCUCUCUAACCUCUGCUCAACAUAUAACGGCUUAUUCUCUCUCUCUACCCCUCCCUCUCUCUCUACAGCUUUCUCUCUCUAGACCUUUCGUCUCGGAGCACCGGAAUCCGCACCUGCUGUUCCUCCUCGAAGAUCUCUCUCUCUCUCGCGCGCGCACGACCCCAGCUCCCCCCCCUAAGCACGUGCUGCCAUUCCCAUCGCAGGAUGGUGGUGAAGAUGAUGCGGCGGUGGCGGCCGUGGCCGCCCCUGGCGGCGAGGAAGUACGAGGCCCGGCUGGUGGUGGAGCGGCUCGAGGGCUGCGAUCCGGCGCCGGAGGCUGGCGGCGGGGGCGGGGGCGGGGGCGGGAUGAUGGCGGUGGAGGUCCGGUGGAAGGGGCCGAAGCUGGCCCUGAUGGUGAUGCGCCGCAAUGCCGUGAAGAGGAACUUCACGAGGGAGGAGCGCGCGGGGGAGGGCGGGGUGGUGCUGUGGAACGAGGAGUUCGCGAGCGUGUGCACCCUCUCGGCCUACAAGGAGAACGCGUUUCAUCCCUGGGAGAUCGCCUUCACCGUCUUCCACGGCUUGAACCAAGGAUUGAAGAACAAAGUUCCGAUCGUUGGAGUGGCAUCGCUAAAUCUCUCAGAAUUCGCUUCUGCUGUGGAACAAAAGGAAUUUCAGCUGAGUAUUCCUCUCACACUCCCUGGUGUUUCCACGGAUUCUCCACCGCUGCUGUCUAUAUCUCUCAAUUUAGUGGAGCUGAGAACCUCUCAGGAAGCUGCAAACCCGAUCGACAGAUCAAUAGUGCCUAGUCAAUCUCCACAGCAGUGUGGGGAAGCUGUUUCAGCCGAAAAAGAUGAACUUUCUGCCCUCAAAGCGGGUCUUAAGAAGGUGAAGUUAUUUACUGAUUACAUGGCUGCCAGGAGAGCCAAAAAGGUUUGUCUUGAUGAAGAGGGCAGCGAUGGAAAGUGUUCUGCCAAGAGUGAAGAUGGAGAGUACACUUAUCCACUUGAUUCUGACUCCCCUGAUGAUACUGAGGAAGAGGAAUCGGAUGAAGGCAAGGAAAACUCCAACAUUAGAAAGUCAUGUAGCUAUGGAACACUAGCCUAUGCAAAUUGUGCGGGAGGCUCCUUUUACUCCAAUGCAAGAAUUUCUGGUGAAAUUGAAGAUUGGAUCUAUUAUAGUCAUCGAAAAUCUGAUGUGGGUUGCUCAAAUAUCGAGGAUCCUUUUGCUUCAGUCUCUGAACAAUCACAGCCACAAGGUUCAAAGCGACGCAUACUGUCCUGGCGGAAGAGGAAGCUGAGCUUCAGGUCUCCCAAGGCAAAGGGGGAGCCCUUGUUGAAGAAGGCAUAUGCAGAGGAAGGCGGGGAUGACAUUGAUUACGAUCGUCGCCAGCUUAGCUCAGAUGAAUCUCUCUCUUUGGGGUGGAGUAAGACUGAAGAAGAUUCUUCCGCAAAUCGGUCAUCGGUGUCUGAAUUUGGAGAUGAUUUUUUUGCCGUUGGCAGUUGGGAGAGAAAGGAGGUUGUAAGCCGUGAUGGACUCAUGAAGCUUCAAACACAAGUCUUCUUUGCUUCCAUUGACCAGCGAAGCGAGCGUGCCGCCGGUGAAAGUGCAUGCACCGCCCUUGUUGCUGUAAUUGCUGAUUGGUUCCAAGCAAAUCGUGAUUUGAUGCCAAUUAAGUCCCAGUUUGACAGUCUCAUCAGAGAUGGAUCGUUAGAGUGGAGGAAUCUGUGCGAUAAUGAAGCAUAUAGGGAACGAUUUCCUGAUAAGCACUUUGAUCUUGAUACAGUUCUUCAGGCCAAGAUCCGUCCUCUUUCCGUUGUUCCUGAGAAGUCGUUUAUCGGGUUUUUCCAUCCAGAGGGUAUGGAUGAAGGAAGGUUCGACUUUCUACAUGGUGCUAUGUCCUUCGAUAACAUUUGGGAUGAGGUUAGUCGUGCUGGAUCAGAUGGUCCUAGUAAUGGUGAACCCCAACUUUAUAUUGUCAGCUGGAACGACCACUUCUUCAUCCUCAAGGUUGAACCAGAAGCAUACUAUAUAAUUGACACGCUUGGUGAGAGGCUGUAUGAGGGUUGCAGUCAGGCCUACAUCUUGAAAUUUGACUGCAGUACAACUAUUCACAAGCUGCUAAACACGGUUCAACCAACCGAGGACAAAAGUGCUACUGAUCAGAACAAUCAGCAAACUGACCAGGUCAAUCCCAAGGAAGAGGGUCCUGUGGCGGAAGGGGCUGUGAUUCUCAAGCCCGAAGAGCAGACCAAGACUAAGGAGGCAGAGGAAAUCGUCUGUCAGGGUAAGGAGUCAUGUAAAGAGUAUAUCAAGAGCUUCUUGGCUUCGAUUCCUCUUCGGGAGUUGCAAGUUGAUAUAAAGAAAGGCUUAAUGGCAUCAACUCCCCUUCACCACCGAUUACAGAUUGAAUUCCAUUACACGCGGUUUUUGCAACCACUGACCGUGACUACAUCGUCCGCCGAGGUCACAGCAGCUGUGCCGCAAGCUGUUGAAGGUGCAACUGCAGAAGCAGCCUGCCCCGGUGCUUCCUGUGAAUAGUUGAACGGAUAAUUACUGACAUGUUUUAAGUUGUCGAGGGUGUUGCAUGAUUAACCAUGGGAAUCUAAUUUGAGGUCGUGCUUGGUGUAUAGAGGAUGUCUGUUUUAACUCUCGCCCAGAAAUGAGAAGUUUAAGAUUUCCAA